UAGACAAAGUCCUGGCUCAGCCGCACCACGAGCUGGACUCCAAGACGAUUGACCCUAAAGUUGCGUUUCCCCGGCGAGCACAGCCCAAGAUGGUCACAAGAACAAAGAAAAUAUUUGUAGGUGGAUUAUCGGCUAACACAGUAGUGGAAGACGUGAAGCAAUACUUUGAACAGUUUGGCAAGGUAGAAGAUGCCAUGCUAAUGUUUGACAAGACGACCAACAGGCAUAGAGGAUUUGGCUUCGUAACUUUUGAAAAUGAAGACGUGGUGGAAAAAGUCUGUGAAAUUCAUUUCCACGAAAUCAAUAAUAAAAUGGUAGAAUGUAAGAAAGCACAACCUAAAGAAGUGAUGUUUCCACCAGGGACGAGAGGAAGGGCACGUGGAUUGCCGUACACCAUGGACGCUUUUAUGCUAGGGAUGGGAAUGUUGGGUUACCCGAAUUUUGUUGCAACAUAUGGCCGAGGAUAUCCUGGAUUUGCCCCAAGUUACAGUUACCAGUUCCCAGGUUUCCCAGCAGCGGCUUAUGGACCAGUAGCAGCGGCAGCCGUGGCGGCAGCAAGAGGAUCAGGUUUUGUUUUACGUGCAAACAGACCUGGCUCCAACCCAGCGCGGCCCGGAGGCUUCCCCGGGGCCAACAGCCCCGGGCCCGUCGCGGAUCUCUACGGCACGGCCAGCCAGGACUCCGGCGUGGGUAACUACAUAAGCGCCGCCAGCCCGCAGCCGGGCUCCGGCUUCGGACACGGCAUCGCCGGACCUUUGAUUGCAACGGCUUUUACAAAUGGAUACCAUUGAAACGUUACACAUGGUUGGUUGCCAUCUCACUUGGAGAGUCUCUCUGGAUGUCCGGGCAAGACAGGGCGAAGUUUCUGAAGGGCCCCACGGUUGGGUGAUCUCAUCAGACUUUGAGCACUACAUCAUCAUCAUCAUCAUCAUCAUCACCGCCAACGCAAACUGGAGGUGGCACUCGAAGGACUUGGGUUGUUUAAAAUCUCUCUCAUCAUCUCAUGAAUCUGCUGUACUAUAAAAACAACAGCUUUUAAAGUAUGUAUAUAAAACCCA